ACUCCACCGUCCCAUCCCAAUAAUAUCCAUCACCGCAAAAGCAAAAAGUCUCCACUCUCCACGAAUCGUUGUCUUCCAAGUAUGGAACCCAAAACCAGAGCAAACCAUACAUCCAUUAGUCAUAUUAUAUUAUAUUAUCUUUAUAUUUAAAUGUGGAGGAUUGCGAGGUUGCAACCAUGGCGACUGCGACGGUUUUCUGAUCGACUGAGGAGGAAGGAAAACGAGAGAGAGAUUAGAAAAAAUCGGUGGCUUCGAUUCGAUAUUCCGAUAUUCGCCAUUAGCGUAAGAUAAAUCCAUCUAUCUAUCUAUCUAAUUGCUCGACCGUCGGUGCAGAAGGCAUCGUAUUCUCCAAAUUUGUGGUAGACGAUUCGUGUUGCCAUUUUUUCCUGGUUGGGAUUGAUUCAGCUGGUCGAUUGAUCCAUAUAUAUCCAGGAGGCUUUUUUAUUAGAUAUAAAUAGAAGCUGGCGGUGUCGACAUGGAUAUCGGAAGCUGGAGAGGAGGAGGAGGAGGCCGGGAGGCUCCUGGGCGGCGGAGGUGGAGAUUCAACCAUGGAAGGUGCAGAGUCGGGGCGCGCGACGGAUUCCGGCGGUGCUCAUAAGGUCCACGAUGAGCUGCAGCUCGCCAUCGAUGUUCCCGACACCGCUCAUCAAAUCAGCAAAGAUACAUGGUUUCAAGUGGGCUUUCUGCUGACGACGGGGAUCAACAGUGCGUAUGUGCUGGGAUAUUCGUCGGCGAUCAUGGUUCCUCUAGGCUGGGUGGCCGGCGUUGUAGGCUUAGUUGCCGCCACCGCCAUAUCCCUCUACAUCAACUGCCUUAUCGCCACCCUCCAUGAGGUUGGGGGAAAGAGGCAUAUCAGAUACAGAGACCUUGCUGGGCACAUCUACGGUAGGAGAGCAUAUUGGCUUACUUGGGCAUUGCAAUACGUCAAUCUUUUCAUAAUUAACACUGGGUUUGUCAUUUUGGCUGGUGAGGCCCUAAAGGCUGUGUAUCUUCUGUUCAGGGAUGAUGACGCCAUGAAGCUGCCGUACUUCACAGUGAUGGGGGGGAUCGUAUGCUUGUUGUUUGCAAUCAGCACACCCCAUUUGUCUGCUCUAAGAAUUUGGCUUGGAGUUUCCACAUUCCUCAGUCUUGUAUACAUCACCUCAGCAGUCCUUCUGUCCUUUCAAACCGGAAUCAAAGCUCCUGCCAGGGACUACAGCAUCCCAGGCUCCAACACUAGCAAAAUCUUCAGAACGAUUGGGACAAUUGCCGACCUCUUUUUCGCCUUCAAUACUGGAAUGAUUCCAGAGAUACAGGCGACAGUGAAGCAGCCAGUGGUAGAGAACAUGCUGAAAGCUCUACACCUUCAGUUCACAGGAGGAGUUUUGCCAAUGUAUGCCGUGACAUUUGUAGGGUAUUGGGCUUUUGGGUCAUCGUCCUCUUCCUAUUUGCUCAGCAGCGUCUCCGGUCCCAUGUGGAUUAAGACAACUGCCAAUCUUGCUGCAUUCCUUCAAUCCGCCAUUGCUUUGCACAUAUUUGCAAGUCCAAUGUAUGAGUACUUGGACACCAAGUAUGGGAUCAAAGGGAGUGCAGUAGCCAUAAAGAAUUUGUCAUUCAGAGUGAUCCUAAGAGGGGGUUACCUUGCGACAACCACAUUGGUGGCAGCUGCUCUUCCAUUUUUGGGAGACUUCAUGAGCCUGGGGGGAGCAAUCAGCACAUUCCCUCUCACAUUUAUCCUUGGCAACCACAUGUACCUGAUGGCAAAACAGAAUAAACUCACUUACGUGCAGCGGCUCUGGCACUGGUUCAACAUUGGCUUCUUUGCUCUCCUCUCUGUAGCAGCAGCAAUUGCAGCCUUAAGGCUUAUAGUUGUGGAUUCAAAAAGUUACAGCCUCUUUGCUGAUUUGUGAUGGAUGCCUGACUUUUUGUUAAAUGACAUCCUUCCAUUCGGACUUCAAUCUCUCAAUAAAGACUCCUAGCCAGCUUAUUUUUA